UGUAAUCUUCUAAUUCACUCACAAUUUUUUUCUUUUUUUAAAAAAACCCCAAAAAACAAAACAGCCAAAAAGUCGGAGAAUUUUUGUUGUUCCGAUCCUCUGAUUCUCUGAAUAUCCAAACCUCACAGACAACGCCGAGCGACAAUGCUCUGCUAUGUCGGAAAAGCCACCAAGAUUUUCAUUUUCAUCGUCACCGUCGUCGUCGUCAUUGGUCUCGUCGUUGGCUUCGGUAUCCUCCGUCGACAUUCCCACCACUGCUCCGGCGACUAUUGCCCACCUUCCGCCGAUUCUUCUUCUUCUUCCUCUUCCUCCACUUCCCCUUUUAUAACUCCGUUUCCUGAUCCAAACCCGAAUCCAAACCCGAACCCGCCUGUUCUUGGAUCUUCCCCACCAACUCCAUCAGAUUCAUCAUCACCAAACCCGUCUGUUCCAAUUCUCCCAAAUCCGCCGGCGCCGAUCGUGAACCCGAACCCGCCUCCGCCUCCUUCUACGCCUAAUCCGAAUCCUCCGCCGCAAUUUUCACCUCCUCCGCCGGAUUUUGAUACAACCACCGCACCGCCUCCGCCUACACUGCAGACAACAAUCGCGCCGCCGCCUCCAGCGACGGUGUCGGCAUCUCCGCCAUUAAAUCCGCCGAGCUCCGUCGUCAACACUCCCGCUCCUUUGCAUGCUAAGCUGGUCAAUGACUAAACUUGACUAUACCUUUGUAAAUUCCGCCAUUUUUUGUUCUCAUCACUUUCUUGUUCUUGAUCUUGAUUCGUUUGUUUUUAUUCUUCUUCUAAUUAGAUCAAAUUUUCUAAUCGUCAAUCUUUAAAUCAAGUUGAAACUUCUAUUCUGAUUUUCAUGAGGCUUUAUGUGAUGUUC